AGCGCUCUGCGCAUGCGCAGACACGUCAAAGUUCCGUGACAAGGUCGAAUUUCGUAAACAUUGCGUCGGGGCGCUGUUGUCUUCCAUACAACUGUCUCUACUGAAUAUUUACCAAACAUUUAACGAUUUUAUGCAUGCGUAAGUCACGUGCGAGGCGUUAUAACACGUUCUAGAGCGUUGUCUGCAGUGUCCACGGAAAGAGGCGUGUCUCCCGUGUUUGCUUUUACAUUGUGUCACCGGAGUUCAUUGAGAUACAGAUCAGAUCAGAUCUGACCGACACUCGUCAGACCAGUCUGAGGUGGAGAAGGAAGUAAAAUGAGUGCAGCUCUCUUACACAGACUGAAGCCCGCAGUGAGUUUAGCGAGCCGCCUGUGGAGCUGCAAACCCCCGCGGAUCGAGCCGAGCAGCGCAGCCGCCUCAGUGAGACUCUACAGCGGACUGAUGGAGCCCCGAGCGCCGCUCUUCAGACAGCUCUUUGAGUCUGAGAGCAGCACGUACACAUACCUGCUGGCGGAUGCUGACAGCCGAGAGGCCGUUCUGAUCGAUCCAGUGCUGGAGACGGUGGACAGAGAUCUGCAGCUCAUCAAUGAACUGGGCCUGACGCUCAAAGUGGCCUUGAACACUCACUGUCACGCCGAUCACAUCACUGGCACCGGACUCCUGAAGAAGAAGGUGUUUGGUCUGAAGAGUGCCAUCUCCAAACACAGCGGAGCUGCUGCUGACAUCCAGCUGUCGGAGGGAGAGCGCAUUGGCUUCGGCAGACACAGUCUGACGGUGCGAGAGACGCCGGGACACACAGACGGAUGCUUGACGUACGUCUCUGAAGACGAGCGCAUGGCCUUCACCGGCGACGCUCUGCUCAUCCGCGGCUGCGGACGCACCGACUUCCAGCAAGGUAGUCCUCAGAGACUGUAUGAGUCUGUCCAUAAGAAGAUCUUCACUCUGCCGGGACACUGCUUCAUUUACCCUGCUCACGACUACAAGGGGCAGACCGUCUCCACCGUCGAUGAGGAGAAGAAGUUCAAUCCGCGGCUGACGAAGACUCUCUCUGAGUUUGUGAACAUCAUGAACAACCUCAACCUCCCCAAACCUAAGAAAAUAGAUAUAUCGGUGCCUGCGAACCUGGUGUGUGGACUUCAUGACAUCUGAACGUGGACUAACAAAGCUGACGUUAAUCAAAUGGUUUUAAUUUUACGCUGCAUAUCAAUGUUAAAACGUCAUGCGGUGAUGAUAUUUGAUAUUUGAUUCAGGGUUCAUAAAUACACCAGAACAAACGAACAAAAAACACUGUUUAAGAAUAUGUCGGGAUUUCAUUAAAUACUUGACUAAAUCUGUGUAUAAUAUCACGCUUGGAGUAAUGAUGGUCAGUGCUCUUUCAGCUUUAAAUGAUCAAGUGCUCUUGUAAUGUGAAAUGCAUCUAAUCAUAUAUUUGGUAAGAGAAGUCUCCAUUUAAUCUGUUUUUAAUAAAUGUUUGUCAGUU